AGGGAGAGAGAUGACUUCAUGUCCGCGCUGGUUUCCGCGAGGAGCAGCUUGGCGGACGUGCAGCAGAGGGAGGCGGGCGCCUACGAGCAGGUGAAGCGUGCCGUGCAGAUGACGGAGGAGGCCAACCUUGAGAAAACCAAGGCCCUCAUCCAGUGUCAGCAGCUGCGGAGUGAGCUGGAGAGGCAGGCGGAGCGCCUAGGGAAGGAGCUGGCCGCUCAGCAGGAGAAGAGGACCGCCGACAAAGAGCUGAUGAAGAGCGAGCUGACAAAGGAGCGCGAGGACAUGGGGUCCAAG